CCAUUCCCGCCGAGGACCUCUUUGAAGCCGCAGAUGGAGGCCCCGCUGCAAACCGGGAUGGUGCUGGGCGUGAUGAUCGGGGCCGGAGUCGCGGCGCUGGUCACUGCUGUGCUCAUCCUCCUGCUGGUGCGGAAGCUGCGGGUGCAGAAACCCCCAGCCCCGGAAGGCCCCCGGUAUCGGUUCCGGAAGAGGGACAAAGUACUUUUCUAUGGCCGGAAGAUUAUGCGGAAGGUGUCACAGUCCACUUCCUCCUUGGUGGACACCUCAGUGUCCACCACCUCCCGGCCACGCAUGAAGAAGAAACUUAAGAUGCUCAACAUUGCUAAGAAGAUCCUGCGCAUCCAGAAAGAGACGCCAACAUUGCAGCGGAAGGAGCCCCCACCCGCCGUGCUGGAGGCUGACCUGACAGAGGGCGACCUGGCCAACUCCCACCUGCCCUCCGAGGUGCUCUACAUGCUCAAGAACGUCCGGGUGCUGGGCCACUUCGAGAAACCUCUCUUCCUAGAGCUCUGUAGACACAUGGUCUUCCAGCGGCUCACCCAGGGGGACUAUGUCUUCCGGCCAGGCCAGCCGGACGCCAGCAUCUACGUGGUGCAGGAUGGGCUGCUGGAGCUGUGCCUGCCCAGCCCGGAUGGGAAGGAGUGCGUGGUGAAGGAAGUGGUCCCCGGGGACAGCGUCAACAGCCUUCUGAGCAUCCUGGAUGUCAUCACUGGUCACCAGCAUCCGCAGCGCACAGUGUCUGCCCGGGCAGCUCGGGACUCCACGGUGCUGCGGCUGCCAGUGGAAGCCUUCUCCGCGGUCUUCACCAAGUACCCUGAGAGCCUGGUGCGCGUGGUGCAGAUCAUCAUGGUUCGACUGCAGCGCGUCACCUUCCUGGCUCUUCACAACUACCUGGGUCUGACCAAUGAGCUCUUCAGCCACGGCGUGGCAGCAGGGGACAUCCUCUGCCGUGCACUGAAAGGAAAUCAGUGUGUUUGGAUCGUCUGGGUGAGCACUGACAAUACCAUGGACCGACUGCCACAAGACCCAACAAAUCUGUCUCGAGGGAAGGACAGCUCGGAAUUUCUGCUCCGUAGAAGCCAGAUGGACAAGGCUUUGUCUCCAUACUCUGAACAGGUUAUCAGGAGGGAACCGUCUCUGGAGAAAGACCCCACGCUUGACAAAAGCAUGCAGGACGUGAGCCUGCACUUCGUGCUCUGGGGCUGCCUGCACGUGUACCAGCGCAUGAUCGACAAGGCGGAGGACGUGUGUCUGUUCGUGGCGCAGCCCGGGGAGCUGGUGGGCCAGCUGGCGGUGCUCACUGGGGAGCCCCUGAUCUUCACGCUGCGCGCCCAGCGCGACUGCACCUUCCUGCGCAUCUCCAAGUCCGACUUUUAUGAGAUCAUGCGCGCGCAGCCCAGUGUGGUGCUGAGUGCGGCCCACACAGUGGCCGCCAGGAUGUCGUCCUUCGUGCGCCAGAUGGACUUCGCCAUCGACUGGACGGCGGUGGAGGCCGGGCGCGCCCUGUACAGGCAGGGCGACCGCUCCGACUGCACCUACAUCGUGCUCAAUGGGCGCCUGCGCAGCGUCAUCCAGCGGGGCAGCGGCAAGAAGGAGCUGGUGGGCGAGUAUGGCCGCGGGGACCUGAUCGGAGUGGUGGAGGCACUGACCAGGCAGCCGCGCGCAACGACGGUGCACGCCGUGCGCGACACGGAGCUGGCCAAGCUCCCUGAGGGCACCUUGGGCCACAUCAAGCGGAGGUACCCACAGGUUGUAACCCGCCUCAUCCAUUUGCUGAGCCAGAAAAUUCUCGGGAAUUUGCAGCAGCUGCAAGGACCCUUUCCAGGCUCGGGUCUGGGCGUGCCCCCACACUCGGAGCUCACCAACCCAGCCAGCAACCUGGCCACCGUGGCAGUUCUGCCUGUGUGCGCUGAGGUGCCCAUGGUAGCCUUCACGCUGGAACUGCAACAUGCCCUGCAAGCCAUUGGUCCCACCCUCCUCCUCAACAGUGACAUCAUCCGGGCCCGUCUGGGGGCCUCUGCACUGGAUAGCAUCCAGGAGUUCCGGCUCUCGGGGUGGCUGGCCCAGCAGGAGGACGCGCACCGCAUCGUCCUGUACCAGACGGACACGUCGCUGACGCCCUGGACCGUCCGCUGCCUUCGCCAGGCUGACUGCAUCCUCAUCGUGGGACUGGGUGACCAGGAGCCCACCCUCGGCCAGCUGGAGCAGAUGCUGGAGAACACAGCCGUGCGCGCGCUCAAGCAGCUGGUGCUGCUGCACCGGGAGGAAGGCCCGGGCCCUGCGCGCACCGUCGAGUGGCUUAACAUGCGCAGCUGGUGCUCAGGCCACCUGCACCUGCGCUGCCCGCGCCGCCUCUUCUCCCGCCGGAGCCCGGCCAAGCUGCACGAACUCUACGAGAAAGUAUUCUCCCGGCGCGCGGACCGCCACAGCGACUUCUCCCGCCUGGCGCGGGUGCUCACGGGAAACACCAUCGCCCUGGUGCUGGGCGGAGGCGGGGCCAGGGGCUGCUCACACAUCGGAGUGCUGAAGGCGCUGGAGGAGGCGGGGGUUCCAGUGGACAUGGUGGGCGGCACGUCCAUCGGCUCCUUCAUCGGGGCCCUGUAUGCGGAGGAGCGCAGCGCCAGCCGCACGAAGCAGCGGGCUCGGGAGUGGGCCAAGAGCAUGACCUCGGUGCUGGAGCCAGUGCUGGACCUCACCUACCCCGUCACCUCCAUGUUCACGGGCUCCGCCUUCAACCGCAGCAUCCACCGCGUCUUCCAGGACAAGCAGAUCGAGGACCUGUGGCUGCCCUACUUCAACGUGACGACAGACAUCACUGCUUCCGCCAUGCGGGUCCACAAAGACGGCUCCCUGUGGCGAUACGUGCGCGCCAGCAUGACGCUGUCGGGCUACCUGCCCCCGCUCUGCGACCCGAAGGACGGGCACCUGCUCAUGGACGGCGGCUACAUCAACAACCUGCCAGCGGACAUCGCCCGCAGCAUGGGCGCCAAGACGGUCAUCGCCAUCGACGUGGGCAGCCAGGAUGAGACCGACCUCAGCACCUACGGGGACAGCCUGUCUGGCUGGUGGCUGCUGUGGAAGCGGUUUAACCCCUGGGCGGACAAGGUCAAGGUCCCAGACAUGGCGGAGAUCCAGUCGCGCCUGGCCUACGUGUCCUGUGUGCGACAGCUGGAAGUUGUCAAGUCCAGCUCCUACUGCGAGUACCUGCGUCCCCCCAUUGACUGCUUCAAGACCAUGGACUUUGGGAAGUUCGACCAGAUCUACGAUGUAGGAUUCCAGUAUGGGAAGGCCGUGUUUGGGGCCUGGGGCCGCGGUGACAUCAUCGAGAAGAUGCUCACAGACCGGCGGUCGGCCGACCUGAAUGAGAGCCGCCGCACCGACGUUUUUGCCUUCCCCAGUUCCGGCUUCACCGACCUGGCGGAGAUUGUGUCCCGGAUCGAGCCCCCUGCCAGCUACGUUUCUGACGGCUGCGCUGAUGGUGAGGAGUCGGACUGCCUGACAGAAUAUGAGGAGGAUGCAGGCCCCGACUGCUCGAGGGACGAAGGUGGCUCCCCUGAGGGCGCCAGCCCCAGCACACCCUCGGAGACGGAGGAGAAGGAGAAGGAGCAGUCGCUGCUCAGACACCGCCAUGUCCUGCCCCAGGACCCUCCCAGCUCCACCGUGGACCCCUGAGGACCUCGAGAGCAACCCCCCCCCAGCAGGGCUGGGGGGCCUGUGGGCCAGUGCCCUUACCCCUCGCCUACUUCUAUGCCUGUGACCCCCUUCGGUCUCGCUGGCCACACACUGGACUGACCUGCCCCUGAGGGCAGGAGCAGCACUGCACUGAGGACCCCGUGACCAGCGGACCCCCCAAUAAACCUUCAUCUCUUAGAA